CCCUUCUUUUCCCCUAAAACCAACCCAGCCUGAUACCAGCUCAUCAACCAAGUACUCUCGCCCCUCAAAUUUAACAUUCAACCUCACGUCUCGUUUGAAACUGCUUCCUUCCAAACCAACCUGAUCAGCAAUGAAUUAUCAACAGGAAGCACUCCCAAUUCCAAACUUAUCUGGUCAGUGGGUCGGCCACGGUCGUUUCAAGCUGGUCGAGUUGAUUGGCUACGGCUCCUCCGGAACCGUCUAUCUCGCUCUCGACACUCAGUCAGACCCAUGGAAUCCUGUGUACUAUGCCAUCAAGUGCUUGCGAAACAAAGAGCUCUGCCGAGAAGGUCUCAUGUGGCAGAAACGAGAGAUCGCAUGCCACUACGUGGUAUCUAGAUCGUCGUCGCCGAAUAUUUGCAAACUUCACCACAUCAUCGAGGAAGGACUAUACAUGUACUGCGUAUUCGACUACUGCCCUGGUGGGGACCUAUUUACCGCCAUCCGGUUGCGAACGUACGAAGGAAAUGUUCCGCUCAUUAAGAAAGCCUUCAUCGAGCUUCUCGAUGGCAUAUUUGUCUGUCACACCGCCGGCGUAUAUCACCGCGUCUUAAAUCCAGAGAACAUUCUCUGUGUUGAGUCUGGGUCGGGCAUCCGUAUUGCAGAUUUUGGGCUGGCGACAACUAAUCUUGUCAAUAUGGAAUUCAACGUAGGCAGUCGGGAUUACAUGAGUUCUGGUAUGUCGUAAAUCGCAUGAGGUCGCUAUCUGACAAUUCUACUUUUUCAGAAUGUAAUUAUGAGAUG